AUCUUCUCGCGACAAAGCCGGCUGGCUGCGGCGUUUCCCAGUGACUUAGUCCGGGUGCCAAGGCUAUGGGCAGCCAGGAAGUGCUGGGUCAGGCGGCCCGGCUGGCCUCCUCCGGUCUCCUCAUGCAGGUAUUGUUUCGAUUGAUCACCUUUGUCUUGAAUGCAUUUAUCCUUCGCUUCCUGUCCAAGGAAAUUGUUGGCGUAGUGAAUGUAAGGCUAACACUACUUUACUCAACCACCGUCUUCCUGGCUAGAGAGGCCUUCCGUAGAGCAUGUCUGAGUGGGGGCACCCAGCGAGACUGGAGCCAGACCCUCAACCUCGUGUGGCUCACAGUCCCUCUGGGUGUAUUUUGGACUUUGUUCUUGGGCUGGGUCUGGUUGCAGUUGCUUGAAGUGCCCGAUCCUGAUGUCAUCCCCCACUACAGAACUGGAGUGGUGCUGUUUGGUCUCUCGGCAGUGGUGGAGCUUCUAGGAGAGCCCUUCUGGGUCUUGGCACAAGCACAUAUGUUCAUCAAGCUCAAGGUGAUCACUGAGAGCUUGUCGGUAAUCCUUAAGAGUGUCUUGACAGCUUUUCUUGUCUUGUGGGUGCCUCACUGGGGACUGUACAUUUUUUCUUUGGCCCAGCUUUUCUAUACCACAGUUCUGGUUCUCUGCUAUGUCAUUUAUUUCACAAAGUUACUGGGUUCCCCAGAAUCAGCCAAGCAACAAACUCUUCCUGUCUCCAGAAUAACAGAUUUGUUACCCAGUAUUACAAGAAGUGGAGCUUUUGUAAACUGGAAAGAGGCUAAAUUGACUUGGAGUUUUUUCAAACAGUCUUUCUUGAAACAGAUUUUGACAGAAGGUGAACGAUAUGUGAUGACAUUUUUGAAUAUAUUAAAUUUUGGCGAUCAGGGUGUGUAUGAUAUAGUGAAUAAUCUUGGCUCCCUUGUGGCCAGAUUAAUUUUCCAGCCCAUAGAGGAGAGUUUUUAUAUAUUUUUUGCUAAGGUGCUGGAGAGGGAAAAGGAUGCCACACUUCAGAAACAGGAGGACGUUGCUGUGGCUGCCUCGGUCUUGGAGUCCCUGCUCAAGCUGGCCCUGCUGGCUGGCCUGACCAUCACCGUUUUUGGCUUUGCCUAUUCUCAGCUGGCUCUGGAUAUCUACGGAGGGGCCAUGCUUAGCUCAGGAUCAGGUCCUGUUUUGCUGCGUUCCUACUGUCUCUACGUUCUCCUGCUUGCCAUCAAUGGAGUGACUGAGUGCUUCACAUUUGCUGCCAUGAGCAAAGAGGAGGUCGACAGGUACAAUUUCACGAUGCUGGCCCUGUCAUCCUCAUUCCUCGUGUUGUCCUGUAUCCUGACCCGCUGGUGUGGCAGCGUGGGCUUCAUCUUGGCCAACUGCUUUAACAUGGGCAUUCGGAUCACACAGAGCCUUUUCUUCAUCCACCGCUACUACCGAGAGAGCCCCUACAGGCCCCUGGCCGGCCUGCACCUGUCACCAGUCCUCCUCGGGGUGUUUGCCCUCAGUGGUGGGAUUACUGGUGUUUCGGAGGUGCUCCUCUGCUGUGAGCGGGGCUGGCCAGCCAGGCUGGCGCACGUUGCCGUGGGGGCCUUCUGCUUGGGAAUGACCCUCGGAACAGCAUGCCUCACGGAGACCAAGCUGGUCCAUUUUCUCAGGACUCAGUUAGGAAUGUCCAGACUCACUGACAAAACGACGUGACUCAGAGAUGCUUUGACGCCUGUGGCGCCAGGACCAGCCACGGGGCAGUUCUGUGGGCGGAACACAUACUCUGCGUAAAAGCGCUCUGGGGGCUGUGCAGUGCAGUGAGGGCAACCCCGGAGGCGAGAUGUCAGAGAGAACUGCCGAUGAAACACCUGCCAUCCAGCUGACGUCUCCAACAGGAAGGACGAGAUUCAUUUUGAAGUGAAGACCAAAAAGCUCUGUGAAAAUAGAUAAGAUUUCUUUCAUCAUUUUGUUUUAAUCAGCAUUGUCUUUUUUUAUUAAAAAUGUAUUAAUUCCUU